AUGGAAUACCAAUUCUCUUACUUCCCAAUCCUUUUAACCUUCUUCCUCUUUAUGUUUAUGGUAUUCAGAAUAUGGAAGAAAUCAAAAAUCAGCAACUCAAUUCCAAAUCUUCCACCAGGUCCAUGGAAGCUACCUAUAAUAGGAAGCAUGCACCAUUUAGCUGGCUCUCUACCCCAUCGCCGCCUUAGAGACUUGGCCAACAAGUAUGGACCUCUCAUGCAUCUUCAGCUCGGUGAGCUUAGUAAUAUCGUCGUUUCUUCGCCGGAAAUUGCUAAACAAGUGAUGAAAACCCAUGAUGUCAUCUUUGCUAAUAGGCCUCCUCUUGUAACUGCAAGUGUUAUAACUUACAAUAACAAAGACAUCAUAUUUGCACCAUACGGAGAGUAUUGGAGACAGAUGCGAAAAAUUUGCAUGCUCGAGCUACUAACUGCAAGACGCGUGCAGUCCUUUAGAUCAAUAAGGGAAGAAGAAGUAUCGAAACUUAUGAGAUCCUUGUCUUCGAGUGCAGCAGGAUCACCAAUCAACUUUGGCAAGAUGUUCAGUGCUGUGAGCUAUAGCAUUAUUUCAAGAGCAGCGGUUGGUAAGAUAUGGAAGGGAGAAGAAAUUUUAAUACCAAUUGCCAAGAAAGUGGCAGAAGCAGCUGGAGGUUUUGCUCUUGCUGAUCUGUAUCCUUCCAUCAAAUUGCUCCACUGGCUGAGCCGAACGGUGCCUAGGCUUAAGAAACUUCAUCAACUGGCAGAUAAUAUAUACCAGAGCAUCAUUGAUGAUCAUAGAAGUAAAAGGGCAGCAGCAAUACCAGGUGCUUAUGAUGAAGAAGAUUUUGUAGAUGUCCUUCUCAACUGUCAGGAGCAAGGAAACCUUGAUAUCCCUAUUACAGACGAUAAUAUAAAAGCAAUCCUUGUGGACAUUUUCAAUGCCGGUAUUGACACGUCAACUACAGCAGUAGAAUGGACAAUGUCUGAGCUGCUAAAAGAUCCAAGAGUGAUGAGAAAAACACAAGAAGAGGUGAGGAAGGUUUUUGCAACUGAAGGAAAUGUUCAUGAAGACCGACUCCACGAACUCAACUACUUAAAGUUAGUCGUCAAAGAAUCUUUGCGAUUACACCCUCCUGCUCCAUUAUUACUUCCAAGAGAAUGCAUAGAGAGCUGUGUGAUUAGUGGUUAUGAUAUUCCGGUCAAAUCCAAGGUGAUUGUGAAUGCGUGGGCAAUUGGAAGAGAUCCCGAAUACUGGCCGGAACCUGAAAGAUUCUAUCCAGAGAGAUUUCAAGAUUGCUCGGUUGAUUAUAAGGGGACUGAUUUUGAAUUUCUCCCAUUUGGUGCCGGAAGAAGGGUCUGUCCAGGAUUGUUGUUCGGCAUAGCUAAUGUCGAGUUUCCACUUGCACAGUUGUUAUACCAUUUUGAUUGGAAACUACCCAAUGGAGUGGAACCAGAAACUCUUGACAUGGAUGAAGUUUUUGGAUCUGUAGUGAAGAGGAAAAAUGAUCUUCAUUUACUUGCUACGCCAUACAUUCCUCCACUUGCCAAGUAA